AUGGGCGCAACUAACAAAUCACCCAAGACUGCAAACGUUUGCGCUCCAGGUAUGAACCCCAAUGGAUUUACAACCGAUCGUAAAGUGGAUGGCGAGCGGCGGUCUAUCCGUCGCUAUAACGAUGGUCGUAUAUCUAGUCGUGAGGCUAACACCAAGUGUCAUCUUACAGGCAUUAUCUCAACCCCGAAGGAUACAUCCACCCCCAAAGAGGAGGAAUAUCAGGCCCAGAAUUUCUUUGAAGUUGCCGAACUUCUCGCCGCCAUUGAGAAGGUCCCUAACCCGGAAAGCUCUGUAAAACCACAGAAGUAUGUCUUCAAGGAAAAGAAAUCAAGGUGCCUAAGUACUGUCUCUGAUGACGGUCAGACAACUCCUCCCUCUAUUGAAUCCCCUACCCCGGCCAGUUCUCCCGAACUGAUGAGCAACGAGGUUUUCCAUCCUCCUGUGGCUCCUCGGGUCACUACUGAGAAUCCUAACAGUAUUUCGAACCAGUGGCGACGCAUGGGUGUAAACAAUGUGUAUAAUGAGUUGGGCUUUAACUAG